AUGACAAGAACUGAUAGAAACAAAUUAUCUGAUAGAUCUUAUUCAAUUGAAUCUAAUCGAACGUACAUGAUAUUUGUUCCCAAAGAUGUACCAAUAGGUUAUACACAAAUAAUUGAUACAUUUGAUUCAUCGUUUUGUUUGAGAUGUCCAACGAAUAAAACUAUUUCUCAUCAGCAUAAAUUACCAUUCGAAAUUUUAUUACUACCAAAUGACAAUUGCACAUUAUAUUUACAUAUUAUUCAUUUAUUCGACCAAACGCGUAUAUCGAAGUAUACAAUUCAACAAAACUUAACUCGUGUUGAAAAUAUAACUGUCAACAUUCAAUUAUCAGUCAACAUUGUCGAUGUUAAUGAUCAUGUGCCAAUGUUUGGAAAUGAGUUUUAUCAUUUUGUUGUAAAAGAAAAUGUUCAGCCAGGAACCUAUAUUGGACAUGUACAAGCUUAUAAUCCAUUCAUUUUCUCUACGAGUAAAAUAUCUUACAUUUUACAUGACACCGAUCUAAAACAUUUGAAUAAUAAAACGAUGUUUCGUAUCGAUAAAUAUACUGGUGAUAUCUUUCUAUUCGAUUGUAAACUUGAUUAUGAAACAAAACGAGAACAUAAAAUUAUGGUUGAAGCAAGAGUUUAUGACGAUAAUGAAACUGCUACACAAAUACCUCUAUCAUCAUUUGUCGAUAUAAUUAUUACUGUUGAAGAUAUCAAUGAUGAAAAAUUACAAAUUAUUUUUACCAUGCCGGAUGAUAAUAAUAACAAUGAGAAUAGUAUGAAAAUUAUGAAUAUAUCAAAACCACAAUUAAGCGAAGAACAAAAUCGGUUGAUAAGUGCAUUUAGGUCACGUAUCAAUCUUAUUGAAAACGAUGCUGAACUGGUAAUUCUAAGUAAAGAAGAACCUUUACCAGCGAAUACCCUUCUUGCAUUACUUCAUUUACGUGAUAAUGAUCAAACAUCAAACGGAACUUUUCCUCUUCGUUUACAAACGCAUGUUAAAUGUUCAAAAGAAGAAAUUUUCAAUACUGUAACUUUUUGUCGCGUAACAAAUUUGUUUCAUCUAUCAAUUUUUGGUCCGAAUGUCUACGGUCUAUUUAAUUCUCGAAUAUUAGAUCGUGAAAAAUAUGAAAAUUAUAUAAUACAUUUAACAGCCAUCAAAAAUGAUAGCCCAUCGGCAGAAAUGAAUAUAAACUCGAAUUCGUUUCAUACAGAACUAUUUAUUUAUCUAGUACUUCUUGAUAUAAAUGAUAAUAUUCCAAUAUUUAAUCAAAGUUAUUUUCAUAUUCAAAUCAAUGAAAAUGAACCAAAAGGAAAAUUUCUAACACAUUUACAUGCACAUGACAAUGAUAAAGGUAUCAAUGGAACUGUUCGUUAUGAACUUAUUGUUAAUAAUAGAUUGUUUUCUAUUAAUGCAUAUACCGGAAUUUUACGUACUAAACGUAGACUUGAUAGGGAACUAUGUGAAUUAUAUCGCAUUGGUGUACGUGCCUAUGAUCUUGGAUUUCCACAACGAAAGUAUUCAUCAAUCGUUUUAGUUGACGUACAAAUUAAUAAUAUAAAUGAUCAUGUUCCUUAUUUUAUGCAUGAUAUCUAUCAUUUCUAUGUAGAAGAAAAUGUUCCAAUUGGAAAAAUAAUUGGAAGAUUAACUAUUGACGAUAAAGAUGAUCAAGAACCUAUUGAAAAAAUCAUUAAUUUAUCUACUAUAGAUGAUGGAGACAUUCUACAUUUUAAUGCGAGAAGAUCCCACGCAAUUGCACGUAGAGUUAAUUAUUCAAUGAUUAAUUUUCUAUUUAUUGAUUCGCAUCGCAAUGAAUCUUUGUCGGGUUUAUUCUCCAUUGAUUCACAAGGUUUUAUUCAUACAUCAGCAAUUCUCGAUCGUGAAAUUCAAUCAAAUUACACCUUAUAUGUUUUUAUGUAUGAUACAAUGUUAAAAUCCUAUACAGCACCAACAUAUGUAAUCAUUCAGAUACUCGACGAAAAUGAUAAUGCACCUUAUGAACCAUUUCUUUCAAAUUCAUCGAUUUUAUCUAUUCAACAAAAAAAGCAUGAUGAAACAGUUAUCUACAAAUUCAAGCCUAUUGAUCUCGAUGAUGGACUCAAUGGACUUGUUUCUAUUGAAUGCCUUAAUUGUUCAACACUAUUUUAUUUUCAUAUUGUCAAUUCAUCGAUAUUAAUCACUCGACCGAAACUAAAAGUGCCCGAUGGGAUUUAUACAUUAGCUUUUGCAUUGCGUGAUCAUGGUUUAAUCACAUCACAUGAGCAAAUAUAUACAUUAACGUUUAAUCUAAGUCAUCGUUCAAACAUUAACGAGCAAGAAAAAAUAUUUUCCACGAAUUCUACUCACACUAAUUUUGUAUUAGUAUAUUCGUGGAGUUAUUUUAUUUGGUUUUUAAUUAUUUGGUUCAUACUUGCUUUUAUAGCUUCAUGGAGAUGUUAUCAUUAUAAUCGAACGUCAACUAAUAAACGAUUGUACCGACAUAGAAUACUCCACCAGAGAGAGCAGCUUUCAACUCAGAUCUGUCAUAUAAUACCCGAUUUGAAUACACUUAAUAAUCAUAAUUUUAGUGAAAAGGAAGUGUUAGGCAACUUGAACUCAAUUUCUAUUCGAAAUCAUGCUUCACAAGUGAUUCUUCGUUCCAAACGUUUUUCACGAUCGCAAAAUAUUAAUUCACAUUAUCAACGAUCAUCAUCAAUGAUGAAUUCAAGAGAGACCAUUCUUACUGAUGCCGCAACAAAUACUUCUUAUCACGAAGAUAAUAAUGAUAUUUGGAAACCUAUGAAUAAUAAUAAUAAUAACCAUCGAAUACUUUACGAAAAUGCGAGUACUAUUUUGAGUAAUAAAAAUUUUUAUUUUGAACCUAUCGAUCGCGACUUAUCAACAAAUGCGGCACCCCCAUCUCAAAUAAAUCAAGUACAUUUAAUUCAACGUCCUGUACCUAUUUCGAAUUAUAAUUUAAAUAAAAUAAUUGAACAUUCACAAGAGCAACAACAACAACAACAGCAACAACAAAGUUUUUCACAAAGAAAAAGAAAUACAACAAUGAAUUUCAAACCAUCACCUACGGAUUCCACGAUGCGAUCAUGUGCAUUACCUCGUUCCAUAACAACAGAUCAAUUUGCAAUUAAUAAAACUCAAACAAAUAGAUUAUAUUAUUAUCCUAGUGUACAAGAUGUACUUGAUGCUCUAAAUCGACAUUCAAAUUUUAAAGAAUCGAUUGUUUAA